ACACAGCCGGGGCUAUAGGGGGGCACCUGUCCAUUGGUUCAGAUGUCAUACUUUAUGUUUUUACAUGAUCCAUAAACUAAAAUCAGAAAUUCUAAAGUAAAACUCACCAUACAGACCCUGAUAUGCACUCAUGUUUGACUUCCUUAACAUUAGGUAGUCCCAGAUUCCUGAUACUAAAAUAAACGUAAUAACUUGAAUGGCGGUGAGUUUCUUUAGUAUUUCUAAAUCCAGCAGUGUGGAGUAGUGGUUAGGGUGCUGGACUCUUGACCUGAGGGUCGUGGGUUCAAUCCCUGGUGGGGAACACUGCUGCUGUACCCUUGAGCAAGGUACUUUACCUAGAUUGCUCCAGUAAAAACCCAGCUGUAUAAAUGGGUAAUUUGUAUGUAAAAAUAAUGUGAUCUCUUGUAACAAUUGUAAGUCGCCCUGGAUAAGGGCGUCUGCAAAGAAAUAAAUAAUACUAAUUUACUUGUUCUGGAUCCAGGACUGUUGCACAUUAGGGUCUGUGAACCAACUGUUGGUUUCUAAGUUAGUUUGUUAUGAAAGUUGAGAAUUUUGGAAUCCUCUGAUUUGUUCCGAUUUCCUUUCUCCUGUCGGUUGCAGUGUGAACCUGAUCGCUUCCUGUGGCCCAAACAGGAGGUGGGAAGGGACAUGAGUCGCAGGGGCAUUCCCAUCCUCUCUCCCAGGUUACACCCCUGAACGAAGUCUGGGUGCACAGUGUUACAACUGCAGACCAAGCCCAGAAGAUGAACAGUGAUAGCAGAUCCAGCAAGGCAUUGAAGGUGAAGCGCGAGUCGGGUGAGAACGUCCCUGUGCUCUCGGAUGACGAGCUCAUGUCUCUGACGGUGCGGGAGCUCAACCACCACCUGCGGGGGCUCUCCAAGGAGGAGGUGGUGCGGCUAAAGCAGCGGCGGCGCACCCUAAAGAACCGCGGCUACGCGGCCAGCUGCCGGGUGAAGCGCAUGUCCCAGAAGGAGGCGCUAGAGCAUCAGAAGCAGGAGCUGCAGCAGGAGGUGCGGCGGCUGAGCUCGGAGAACGCUGGCAUGAGGCAGGAGCUAGAGGGGCUGAGCCAGCGCUUCGAGGCCCUGCAGCACUUUGCACGCACCGUGGCCCACGGGCCCGUCACCCCACACAAAGUCAACACCACCAGCGUCAUCACCAUCGUCAAGUCAGGGGGCCAGCACCACUCCUAGACGGGGCACAGAGGGAUCUCCACUGAACCUUUAGGGGAGCAAGGGGGAUUCGUUCAGGUCUGUGUCGGUAUGUGCUGAGCAACUUGGCAGGAGUGGCAGCAAACUGUGGGCUGCUGCAUUACAGGGCUACCAGAUUCACAGCACUUGGACAACCUGAAGAGUGUGAAAUCCAGUAUACACUCUACAUCUUCCAAUUGAUUUCUUACCACUUCUAUCCUAUUGUUAAGGCUGUGUUUUGUUCACGGUUAUCACAGACUUCACGGUUUCUGUGAAAUGUGUUGUAUAAUAACUGUAGAGAAAAACGAUUGAUUCUGAAUGUGACAACGCUUUUAUUUUCUGCUUUUAAUAAAUAUAAUAUUUAAUCUUGAAAUAUCUAUUUUUAGACCGUGAUGUGUCGUGAAAAAAAUACAGCCAGCCUAUUGUGUGUUUCCAUUAUCAUGCUCAUUGUAUGCUUGCUCAUGUUUUCCCUGACUUGUUGACUGAUCUCCUUGUUCAACCCUGCUUCAAACCCCUUCAGCUCCGAGACAUGACCAGCUGGAAUUCCUGUCCCUGUGAAAGUUGUGUUUUUUGUACAGGUUUUUGAGUUGCUGCAGGGGCAGAAAUAAUGGGGCACACCCCCUAGUGGCCAUUUAUUUUAGAAGUGGUUGAAAACUGAUAUUUUUUCUGGAAUAGUUAGGAAGCUGGUAAAUUAAGAUCUAAGCAGAGACAGCAGUUACAGGAGGAUUUAGAACAUGGGUAUUUAAACCGGUAGUACAUUAAAUAUCCCAUAAACACACACGCCAUACAGUUUCACAUGUUUUUUCGACUGUGUUCUUGUACAGUACAGUUAGUCAUUUAUAAAAGGCAGAGUGUUGGUGUCCCAGUGAAAAUGCUGCUUUGUGCAAUUUUAUUUAAAAAUGGUACACAACUUUCAGACAAAUGGUAGGCAUAUUAAGCCAUGGCGCUUAUAGCUGUCUUCAGCACUCGUUAACUAUUUGUUUGCUUUCAGAAGAGGCUUCUAAAAUGAGUUUGGAAAGUAGGUAGCAGGUAUUCAUCACGUGACAGCUGUUUUUUCAUUUUCAUUUAAAAUUAUCCGACCAGACAAAAAAAAAAAAAAAAGCUUCAGUAGCAUUUAUGAUGGCGGAAAUUGGCAGCGAUUUGUUUACAUGAUCGACCAGCUUGUGUAACAUUGCUGUGCUGCAGUGCUUCUGUUCAGCCGCGCAUCUGCUGUGAAAUGUGAGAUGACGUGAUACCCAUGGCUACCAGUGGAACACUUGCCUGGUAACUUGUACUGUUGUAAUUGUUGUUCUUUAUGCUAAAUAAUGUUAUUGUUUGAAGAGAUUUAUGCAGGACACGUCAGGACAUGGCAAAGAUGCUAUGGGCAUCUCGUUUCCAGGGGGGUGCUUGUUUGAGAUGUUAUUAUUUUGGGGGGGGGGGGGUGGGAUUUGAUAUAUUUAGUCGAAAUUACUAAGCGCAGACUCGUGCUUCCCAGACCUGUGCACACGACUACUUGUCCUGCUUGUGCUCCUGCGAAUUCCCCCCCGUGCUUGUCUGUUAAUUGUCAUUUUGACGUUUUUAUACAAAACCAUUUUUUUCAUGUACAGAUAUUUGCAAUCGUCCUGAGUGCUCCUAAUACAGAGUUUUAAUCUUCAAAUCUUUCUCGAAGUGCUGAGUAGCAAUAACUGCAUUUGGUCUUUUUAUGAAGGAUUAGAAAGUGGCCAACCUUGCUUUACAGCAAUGCCAUUGAAAACCGCUCCCACUCAAGGGUGACGACUGCUGACAGCACUGCUGCUCAGCGCUGACAUGAGGAGCCGUGAGCUCGCCAGGGCAGUCCAUCGCCCUUCAACAAAGCGCUCAGAUUAACCGCUCACCUUGACGGGUCAGUGCUGGCUUUGUUGAGGUUGAGUUGAGGUAUGCAGCCAUUCCAAGUUAGUUUGGUGGCAGUAGGAGGGAAGCAGGUAAAAAGAAGGACUACAAGAAAGUUUAUAGAGAGAGGGAUGUGUGGACAGAGAAUAGGAGGGUAGCAAAGGAAGAGAGAAGGAAAAUGAGACACCCAAUAACUGUGUAACUCAGCCAUAAUAAUAAUUAGUACUAACAUAAUCUUGAUUUACAGAGUAAAACAAACAUUUUGACAACAUGUUAAAAUAUUAAUUGAAACUUUACAACUAAUGCUAAGUUUCUAUUUGUACCUUAGUAAGUCUUGUGUAAUUAACUUGGUCUGCUGCCUGUUCCAUCUGCAGUCUACUAUCCAAUCUGACGAACAGUCAGAUAUUCUCUUCUGCGUUCAUUCACCUUGCUGUAGCAGAUGGAACUUUGACUGAAGCUCGUACAGUAAGUUUAUUUUCCUUAUACAGUGUUUUUGGGUGUGAUGACUGAGAAAAGGAAAGGUUUGAGUCAAUAAUGGACAGAGAAGUCAUUUGAGUGAGAGGACUAAAAAGUGGUUUGUCUGGUCUCAACAGCACUGGUUAACAUCAAGUUUACUUGCAGGGAAGCAUGUUGAUGUUGCACAGGCUUCAGUGCACAAUGCUUCAACAAUGGGCUUUAGGGCGCAACAUUAAUAUGACCCCCCCCCCCCCCCCCCUCACAAAUACAACAAUCAUAGCAGACAGUAAACCAUACAGAACACUCAUGUUAUAAUAUUAAACGAGUAUUAAAUCCAAAUUAAUACUGCAAUCAAUGUCUGUCGCUCUUUCCAUUAUCUGAACACCAGGGGGCACUGUGUAAACAGUUAGGAACAGUAGAAACUUAAAAUAGAGAUUUAGAAAAAUAGUAAUAUAAAGAAAUACAAUGGAAUCGCUGCACAGUAAUUUAUUUCUGCUCCACAGAUUUACCUGUGUAUACAUGGUUUGAAAGAUGCUGUAAGACGAUUGCCCCAUUUUAAUGAUUAUUAUAAUAAAUAUUAAUAUUGUUUAGUAUUUCUAUGUUUUUGGUCAUGGAUAAACGAUGAGAUAUAAUUAUUGUAUUUUCUUAUUUAAAUGGUUCUUCGCCAUCUUGACUGGUUUUGUUUUAAAAUUACAGAUUUUAUGUAUAUAAAAAAAAAAAAAACUUUUUUUUGAUACUGUGAUGUGUGUGUGUGUGUUGUUGGUUUUUUUUUUUUUUU